AUGUUGGCAAAGGACGACAAGCCUGGCCAGGCUGCCACAGUCGUCGUCACGGACAGGGACGAUGAGCUUUCUCAGACUGUCGAGGAGAUCGAUGUUGAGAAGCUUGGAAGACAGCGUCCUGCAGCCUUCUCUUCCACCUUUAAAGAGGUUGCCUUUGUCAUCUGCAUCCUGGGCUCCCUUUCUAUGGCGGACUUCAUCAUUAGCGGCUUCCAGGUCGUUUUGCCCAACUUGAUCGAGCCACUGGACAUCCCCCCUGAAGCUCAAACAUGGCCCUCGAGCGUCCUGACGCUGGCUGCAGGCGCAUUCCUGUUUCCCCUCGGGCGACUGGCGGACAUGUACGGAGGAUACCUCCUCUUCAACGGAGGCGUGGUGUGGUGUUCGGUGUGGUCCAUCAUUGGUGGCUUCACGCGCAACUUCAUCAUGCUCGUCAUUUGCCGUGCCAUGCUGGGCCUGGGUGCUGCGGCGUUUCUUCCUGCCGGUAUUUCUUUGCUUGGCCGGAUCUACCGACCAGGUCCACGAAAGAACAUUGUCUUCAGUCUCUACGGCGCGCUUGCACCGCUGGGCUUCUUUGCCGGCAUCAUCGUCGGCGGCAUGGCUCAGGACUUGCUGUCCUGGCGGUGGUUCUUCUGGCUUGGUGGCAUCAUAUCUGCCGUCUUUGCUCUGGGAACCAUCUUGACUGCUCCCCGUGAUUAUGAAGAGGCACGCAAGAUGAACGUCAAGAUGGACUGGUGGGGAGUGUUUACGACCGUGCCUGGCUUGAUGCUGCUUAUUUAUGCAUUGACCGACAGUGCCAACGCUCCGGAUGGAUGGGCCUCACCUCAGAUUCUGGUGACGCUUAUUCUCGGCCUCAUCUUUCUUGGUGCAGCUGUCUAUGUCGAAGGCUGGGUCGCCGAGGCACCACUUAUUCCGGCAGACAUCUUUCGCGUCAAGUGCAUGAAGAGGAUGCUCCUGUGUCUCUUUAUUACAUGGGGAGUCUUUAACAUCUAUCUUUUCUAUGCCAACUUUUACAUCGAGACCAUCUUGGACAAGUCACCCUUGCUGACUGCGACGUACUUCGGCCCAUGGGCUGCAGGCGGCCUCGUACUGGCCACGACGAGCGGCCUCAUCCUGCACCUUCUGUCCGGCAAGGUUCUCAUUGUUGCCGCCGGAGUCUCAAAGAUUAUCGCUGUGCUCAUGUUUGCCAUUAUGCCCGACAAUCCGAACUACUGGGCUUGGAUCUUUCCCGCAAUGCUCUGCGAAGCCGCCUGCGUCGAUGUCUUGUGGACUGUGAGCAACGUCUUCCUGACGACCAGCCUGCCAAAGAACCGUCAGGGGCUUGCCGGUGCUCUCAUCAGCGUGAUGCUCUUCCUCGGCGGUGCCUUUUUUCUGGCGAUUGCCGACGUGGCCAAGCAGCAGUUUGUGUUGAGCGGGAUGGACCUCAAGCAUCAGUACAAGAAUGUGUUUUGGAUUGGUGUCGGGCUCGCGGGCGUGGCGCUCAUCAUUUGCAUCUUUAUGGACCUGGAUAAGGCCGGUGGCGCUCUUACAGUCGAUGAGAAGGCGCUGCGGAAGAUGAGCAAUGCGUCUUCCGAGACGGAGGAACUGCUUGAUGAAUGA